AUUGAAAAUCAAUUCCGCUUCCUUGUUUGUUUCUUUCUUUCAUACAGCUACCGUUUACCUGCUCUGUUGGUACCAACCGUGAAAGGUGAAGGUCGCUGGCUGGGCUAGUAUUUAUUGAUCGUCCCUAGUUACCCUUGAGAAGGUGGUGAUGAGCUGCCUUCUUGAACCGGCGCACCUUCCGUGAUGUAGUUUGAUUUAACACCCUUAUGUCCUGUUGGUUUUCCUUUCCAUUUUGCGCUCUCUCGUAGAGUUCAGUGUAAGGUAGCAGGAACCAAAACUCCCCGGUUAAAUUUUGAGUUUACUUUUAAGUUCGAAUCAGCAAAUUUACAACGUGCACCCGGUAGUGCAUGUUGCAAUUGUAGUCACGAAAAGAAAGGUCUUCUUCCUAAACUCAAGAACUGAACGGAGGUAUGUCAAGCAAUAGCAAGCCGUAACAAUGAAAACCCAGGCAGAAACUGAACAAGAAAAUGAUUCAAAGUCAACUGAGAAUCAAAACCAUUUUCAAUAUUCUAUCCUGAACCAACCUACAACUAAAAAAGGACCCAUUGGCCUACUUCUCAUUGUUGCAUCUAUAGUUGCAUCUGGAAGUGGACUUAUCUUUGGAUAUGAGCUGGCAGACAUUUCUGGAGCUCUUCUCCAGCUGAGCACUGAAUUCCACCUCACCUGUGCUAAACAAGAAAUAAUUGUAAGUGCAAUCAUAAUGGGAGGUAUAGUCGGUUCCCUUUCUAGUGGUUACAUCAUUGAUCGAUGGGAACGGCGGAUGGGAAUCAUUGUAACAUCUUGUUGUUAUAUAUUGGGAGCUGUGAUUCUAUCAGCAUCUACCUCCUAUGCAAUGCUGAUGGGAGGACGUAUCAUCGUGGGAAUUGGAACAACAUCAGGUGUGAUUGCAGCAUGUAUAUACCUAUCAGAGGUUGCACCACCAGACAGAAGAGGCAUGCUGGUAUCUCUGACUGAAUUCAUGACUGUUAUCGGUGUUCUGUUGGCCUAUGUUUUUAAUUAUACUUUUUCUCGCAUUUCAAAUGGAUGGCGGUACAUGUUUGCAAUUGUUAUUCCAAUUGCAGUACUGCAAGUUAUUGGCAUAUUCUUCCUUCCACCAAGUCCUCGGUUUAUGGUUAAGAAAGGAAAUGAUGAAAAAGCAAGUCUCGUCCUGAAGAAGAUCAGAUCAUAUUCCAAUGUUGAUGAUGAACUGGCAAACAUCAAAUCUUCCUUGACCAAUGAAAACAAUUAUAAUUUUUUAGACUUAUUUAGGUCAAACAACCUGAGAAUGCGAUUCUGUAUCGGAUUUGGCUUGGCAAUAUUUUUGCAAGCUACAGGUCAGCCAAAUGUUUUAUUUUAUGCAUCCACUAUUUUAAGAUCUGUUGGCUUUGCAAGUGAUUCAACAGCAACAUUAGCUUCAGUCAGUAUUGGGCUAGUGAAAGUGCUUGGCACAAUUUUAGCGAUGUUGCUCAUUGACAAAGUAGGACGUAAAACAUUUCUUUGCAUAGGAAGUACUAUUAUAGUUGUAUCAUUGAUUAUAUUGGCAUUACUGAUCCAUAAAAUCCCAAUGCAGUUUACAGAUAUCUGCCAUUAUCCUAAUCACACUAAUCGCUGGCAAGAUAAUAUCACAUCUUCAAUGCUUGGACAACAUUCAGUAGCUGUCACUGCCUUGCCUUCAAGAACAGACUUUCUUUCAUCAGUAACGAAACAAGACAAUAUGACAAUUAUGCAAAAUGUAUCCUCCUCACCAUUUACGGAAAGCCCUGAGGUGGAUGGACAUAGGAAUGAACCAAUUCCCCCAGUGUUAAAGUGGCUGUGUCUGUGUUCCCUGCUUGUAUACGUUGCUGCCUAUUCUAUCAGUUUUGGACCAGUAAUUUGGGUGUUGCUGAGUGAAAUUUUUCCAGUAGGGAUAAAAGGCAGGGCAGUGGCUCUCAUAGCGUGCCUGAACUGGGCCUUGAAUCUACUCAUUGCUUUAACUUUUCUGUCCGUGACAGAAUUAAUUGGCCUCAUGUGGGUUCUUCUAAUAUACGCAAUUGUCAGUUUUAUCGGAUUGCCUUUUAUCAUAUUCAUUGUACCUGAGACGAAAGGUCAGACCCUAGAGGAGAUAUCCGAACAGCUAAACCAAGGGUACAACAGAACUCCAAUUUGCUGUACAACUGAGCACAUAAAGAGACUGAUUCCAGGAAUAUUCCGGAAGCAGAGAGAUGCUUCCUGUGAAAAAAAACUUAUGGAAAAAUUGAACGUAAGAUGCCAACUGUCAUCGAUGGAAUCACCUUGCAGAUUAUCUACAACUUUGUCUUCAUGUCUGUACCCACAGAAGAUAUAUAAGACCCUGAUUCCCUCCUGUUUACAGAAAGUUGUUUUGUGUGGCCUCUGCUUAUGCCCGAAACAUCGGCUGUCCUGCACGUUGGAUGCUGCUUGACCUGUUGUGCUUUACCAGCGCCACACUUUUUGACUCUUCUGUCAGCCUAUUGAGUAAAACAAGUGAAUAGAAAUUGCAAUAAACUUGGACAGUGAUGGAUAAAGUUGCAUGAUGAGCAAACAUUGUGGAACCUACUUUCCCAAUCAUUAGUGAAACAACUGAUACCGGGGUCUGGCGGUUUGCUCAUUCCUAUCCCCACCCUUGGGCUCCGUGUCCCACCCCCACUCCUCAACUAACACUUGGACUCUGCUCCCUUCCUCACUCCCCCAUGGUGCAACUCAGUCUCGAUCCCGAUGGUACUCAGCUCAGUGAAUAGCCACUUCUUCACUGUCAUGAGAUUCAAGUGGCCCAGAGAAUUAUCAAGUAACCUUCCCAGCUCACCAAUCACUGUUCUUUCUCUCCUGCGUUUUGCUCCUCAAAACACAGUUUCUGUGUCUGUAAGAUUUAGAGCAUGGGAAUCUGUGAUCGAGGGAGCUGGAGCAACUAGCACUGGGGAGCCAGAAUCUCUGAUUGGUCAAGCAGCUGUUUAGAUGUACAUGGAUGCCUUUUGUGAGCAUUUUCCGGGGCAAAUUCACUCGCCGGCCCCAUGUAUUUUGAGUACUGCAGCUUACCCUGCAGUGCCCCCAUUCCUGCCUAUACGUCCAGCACCAGCCUGCC